UUUAAAAGACUCGAAUUGACUUGUCAGGAGCCAAGAUCCAAGAUCUCGCGGGAUUUGGGAUUAAAGCGGGGGUUAAAUAGGAGGUUUCCUCCUCGUCGCUUGUGUACCGGCCUGUCACAGGUAGGGGCUGCAGCACUUCUCCUCACUCCCGCUAGUCUGCCCAGCGACAUUUCCUCUGCUGCCUGACACCACCGGAGUGUGUGGCAGUGCCGGACCAACCCCCGCCGCAGCAGCACCAGGGUUACCUCACAGCUCGAUCACACCGGCAUUUUUCCAUUUUCCUCCUCCGAAGAUGACCGCAGGGAAACGGGGAGCAGUCAUGUCCUUCUCUCUGGCGAUCCUCGGAGCUGUGAUGCUGCAGACCGUCUCCUCUCAGAACGCACCCGCGGGCUUUGUGAAGUCUCCUCUGUCUGAGACCAAACUGACAGGCGAUGUUUUUGAGCUUUAUUGUGACGUGGUGGGAAGCCCGAUCCCCGAGAUCCAGUGGUGGUAUGCGGAGAUCAACCAGGCCGAUGCCUUCCAGCAGUUGUGGGAUGGUGCUCGUAAGCUACGAGUGUCCAUCAACACAGCCUACGGUGCCAAUGCAGCGAGCGUGCUGGGCGUCUCCCUUCUCAGUCUGGAAGACGCUGGGACCUAUGAAUGUAGAGCCAGCAAUGACCCACGACGUAAUGACCUGCACCAGAAUCCAGCCUCUACCUGGAUCCGUGCCCAGGCCACUGUAGCGGUCCUGCAGAAGCCGUCCAUUGCUGUUUCUGAGAGCGUCACGCUUCCUGUGGAAGGUGACGCUCUCACGUUGCAAUGCAACCUGACCUCCGCCAACGAUGUCCACCAGGAGAGUUUCUGGAUGAAGAACGGAGAGGAGAUCCCUGACACUCGCAGUCCAAACAAAAACACUGAGUACAGGCUGCACAGACCAAGGGCAGAUGACGCUGGAGUUUACAUGUGUGUCUACAGCUUUGAGAUGGCUCCUCCAGGCAACGCCACCAUUGAAGUGAAAUCUUCUCCUGAGAUUGUUGGCCACAAGCGUAGUGAGAACAAGAAUGAGGGGGAAACAGCCGUGCUGUACUGUAAGUCUCUGGGCUAUCCUCUCCCUGUGUGGACCUGGAGGAAGUUUGAGAAUGGUGUUUUUCGGGAAAUUGACAACAACACUGAACGUCACUCUAUCAGCAGCAAAGACAACUACACCGAGCUCCAGAUCACCACUCUGGAUAUUAUUGCAGACCCUGGAGAAUACCACUGUAACGCCACUAACAUCAUUGGCAGCCGUGACGAAAAGUCUAUCCUGAGAGUUCGCAGCCUGUUGGCCCCCCUGUGGCCACUGCUGGGGGUUUUGUUUGAGAUCAUCAUCCUGGUCAUCAUCAUUGUUGUUUACGAGAAGCGUAAGAAGCCAGAAGACUUACAGGACGAUGAUGACCCAGCCGGACCAGUUAAAACAAACUCCACCAACAACCACAAAGACAAGAACCUCCGUCAGAGGAACACAAACUGAGCAGCCCAUCUGCUGAAUUUCAUUCCACAUGUAUCGACCAUAUGAAGGUAACCAUGAGGGAGAGCCGUACCAGUCGUUACCAGGACAUUCUGCCAUUGACGGUUUGGCCGUGGAGGAGUAGAGUGAGGCAUGCCUUAUGAUUUUUGUUGUGCGAGAAUGUGAGAUGAUGAGCUACACAAAGCAUUAUGGAAUAUAACCACUGUUGCUGCAUGCAGUUGUUGACGUUUGUGUUUUCUUAACCUGCUGAUCACUACUUUUUACACUUUUACCUUUAAACUAAUGCAUGCCAGAUGUCGAGCUUCUGUUUGAAACAGAAAUGGCUUUUUAUUUUCUUUGUUUCUCUGAGAGUGGCUUCGUGUAGAUAAUAAUUAUGUAUUGUGUUUUAGAGGAAAAACAAACCGGCUAAUGUAUAAGAAGAAUACCAACGUAACCUGGUAUGACAGUUGUGUACAGUUUUCUCAUUCCACUGCGUACCAUUUUAAAAGAUUUGGACCGUUAAUAUGUAUUACAUUUAAGGGCUUUGCAAUGUCCCUCUAACUUUAAGGAUUACUUUGCUGUAUGUAUGUACUGUAUCGUCUAAAUACCUAUCAUGUGUAUCAGAUCAGCAUUGAUAUAAAGAUUACUCCUAAGGUAUGAUGCACUUAAAUGUUAAGAAUAAUGGAUACUUGUAUAAAACGACUUUAGAGAAGCUGUAACCAUCAUUCUGACAUUGUUUUAUAUUCAUGUGUAUUGUACAGCAUGGCUAUUAUCCUAUGCAAUUAUUACCCAUAUCAAUAUAUUGAAAGUCACUGCAGCUUUUGAUUUCUCUGUGAUGAAGCUUUAAACCCGUAGGAUCACUGUAGAGCGUUGAUGGUAUAUUACACAGCUGCAUGAAUUCUCCACCGCUGAGAAGAAGGCCCACGUCAGGACUGACACAUGUGGAGCAAUUCCAAAAUACAGAGUCAUUUUUAAAAAUAAAGGUCUUAAAAAUGGG